CGUCAUUACGUACACGCAACGAACUGUCAUGGAAGCCCCCACGCGCAAAUCUAAAUUGUAAAGGCUCUUACUGUGCCCUUUCUUGUUUUGUUUUCGUCUUUAAAUAUGAGGUAUUUGCUCCGACUGGGGCAUUCGUUUGCCCGCCUUCACGUCCGCCUUUGUCACCAAAGUGUUUACGGCAGCCACGCUAAUCCACGAAGCCUGCGAGUGGACCUUGGGGAAAAGAAGCUUGAGAUCUCUUCGGGGAGGUUUGCUAGAUUUGCUGAUGGAUCUGCUGUAGUACAGCUGGGCGAGACCUCUGUGAUGGUGACUGCUGUGAGCAAAACAAAACCUUCUGUGGCACAGUUCAUGCCUCUUGUGGUGGAUUACAGACAGAAAGCAGCUGCUGCAGGCCGAAUCCCCACUAACUAUUUGAGGCGAGAGCUUGGCACAACAGACAACGAAAUCCUCACCAGCAGACUUAUCGACAGGUCGAUAAGACCGCUAUUCCCUUCUGGUUACUUCUAUGAUACUCAGAUCCUUUGUAACCUGCUGGCAGUUGACGGUGUCAAUGAUCCCGAUGUGCUGGCUAUUAAUGCGGCUUCCGCUGCACUGGCCCUGUCUGACAUUCCCUGGAAUGGACCAAUAGGAGCUGUACGUAUGGGCAUGGUCAAUGGAGAGUUGGUGGUAAAUCCCACCAGGGCAGAGAUGACUGCCAGCAGUCUCAAUCUGAUUCUGGCUGGAGCCCCCAGUAGUCAAGUGGUGAUGAUUGAGGCAUCAGCUGAGAACGUACUGCAGCAGGACUUUUGCCAUGCAGUGAAGGUGGGAGUGAAACACACCCAGCAGAUCAUACUGGCCAUCCAGCAGCUGGUUCGUGAACAGAAGGUCACCAAGCGCACCCCGGUCAAGGUCUUCUCAGCCCCAACUGACAUGGUGGAAUAUGUCCGACAAUUAGCUUCUGGGAAGAUCUAUGCUGUUUUCACGGAUUACACCCACGAUAAGAUUUCAAGGGAUGACGCUGUCAACAAAGUCCGACUAGAAACUGAAGAGAACCUCAAAGAACAAUUCCCCCAGGCUGAAACGUUUGAAAUUAUUGAAUCCUUCAACACUGUGAGCAAAGAAAUCUUCCGCAAUUUAAUUCUUAAUGAGUAUAAGAGAUGUGAUGGGAGGGAGUUGACUGCUUUAAGAAACAUUUCUUGCGAUGUGGACCUUUUUAAACCUCUGCACGGCUCAGCUCUGUUCCAGAGAGGACAAACACAGGUAUUGUCCAGUGUCACGUUUGAUUCAUUGGAGUCCAGUGUUAAAGCAGACAUCAUCACCACAGCUCUAAGUGGCAUAAAGGACAAAAACUUCAUGCUUCAUUACGAAUUCCCUCCAUAUGCAACCAAUGAGAUUGGAAAGAUGGGAGGCAUCAACAGGAGAGAGCUUGGGCAUGGGGCCCUGGCUGAGAAAGCUCUGAGACCAGUAAUUCCGAAAGAUUUCCCUUUCACUAUCAGGGUCACGGCUGAGGUGCUGGAGUCAAACGGAUCCUCGUCCAUGGCUUCAGCAUGUGGAGGCAGCCUGGCUCUAAUGGAUGCAGGUGUUCCCAUCACUUCUGCUGUGGCAGGAGUAGCAAUUGGUCUCAUCUCCAAAGCCAACUCGGAGAAACCCACAGAGAUCCAGGACUACAGACUGCUUACUGAUCUUCUGGGAAUAGAGGACUAUCUUGGAGACAUGGACUUCAAGUUGGCAGGAACAAACAAGGGCAUCACUGCUUUACAGGCUGACGUGAAGAUACCAGGUCUGCCUUUGAAGGUGGUCAUGGAGGCCAUCCAACAGGCCACAGUGGCAAAGAGGGAGAUCUUGGGUAUUAUGAACAAAUGUUUAGCAGAACCCAGAACCACAAGGAAAGAAAAUGGACCUGUUGUUGAAAACGUUCGCGUGCCUGUUUCAAAACGAGCACGCUUUGUUGGUCCAGGCGGCUACAACCUUCGCAGACUACAAGCUCAAACAGGCGUGACGAUAAAUCAGGUGGACGAGGAGACUUUUUCCGUGUUCGCUCCAACCCCAGGAGCCAUGCAUGAAGCCCAAGACUUCAUCGGUGAAAUCUGCAAGGACGAUCAAGAACAGCAGCUGGAGUUUGGUGCUAUCUACACUGCCACCAUCACUGAGAUCAGGGAUAUUGGUGUGAUGGUGAAACUUUAUCCCAACAUGAGUGCUGUUCUGCUGCACAACUCACAGCUGGACCACAAACGGAUCAGACAUCCAAGUGCUUUGGGUUUAGAGGUGGGACAGCAGAUACAGGUCAAGUACUUUGGACGGGACCCUACGGAUGGCAGAAUGAGACUUUCACGGAAGGUGCUCCAGUCUCCCGCUGCGACAAUCAUCAAGACUAUGAAUGACAAACAGAGCAUCUCCAUGGGCUCAAGCCCCACAACCAGCUCUGAUUUGUGACACAAAAAAAAAACAGGCAUUAGCUUGUUGUUACCACCCAAGUGGAUUCAAACUGAAUAGAUUUUUCUACAAACACACCUGUGAGAAAUCUAUCAAAACAAGAGCAUCAGAUGUUGUCACAACAGACAUGGCGCUGUACAUGAGGAGCUUUCUACCUGGAGUUGUUGGUGCAGAUGUUAAACUUCCCACAGCUCAUCAACUACAGCCUCCUGCUGUCAUCGGGCUUGACUGGAUAUACAGCGGACACUCUGAUAGAAUUGCAAAACCUAGAAUUAAGAAUUAAAAACCCCUACUAUGGUGUUAUGUUUCAUUUUAUUUUUUUACCUCAGCUAGUACGUUAAACAUCAAGUAAGAGAGUUUCCCGAAAACACGGUCCUCUUAACAGCUUUUAACCCACAGUCACACUGCAAUCCAACAAUGCUUUUCUUGUUCAUGUGCCAUGUGAGAUAAAACUGCUUGUAUACAAAUUUGUAUUUGUUGUCCAAUGUGCAAGUGUUUCUUGUCGGCUGCCACAAUCAAGAAAUUGAGGAAAAAAAGUGGUUGUUUCUAAAUUCUUGUUUUUUUUAUGUCACUUUUUUAUUUACAGUAUAUGUGAGUCACCUUCAAAUAAAUCAAAUAAUGUUUCUUUUAGGGUGUAAAUGUUCAGCUUCAAAAAUAAUCAUGAACCCAGAAAAAAACAAAUUUAAAUCCAGUACAAAAUUCAUAUGCCAGAUGUUUUGCAAAAACCUCUGACAUUAGGUUCAAGACUGUAGGAUGCAGGUAACAAAAUAUAGCCUAUAUCAAAACAGUAUGGUAAAAUUCAUUUCAAACUCACUCAAAAAAAGAUUAGCAAAUCUGUCUCUGUGGCUCAAAAAGGGAUAUAAACAAAGAAAUCUUUACGGUUUUACAUGAAGAGGACCGAGAAAACGUAAUCGGGCUAAGGAAAGGGGGAACCAUCCAAUUGAGAUGCUGUGUCACAUGGAUUUGUUGCCCCAUUGGUGACAUAUCUGAUGAAUUGUAGUGUUGAUUGCUUGAUUUGGAAGAUUACAAUUCAGCAUUUGAUAAUAAAUAAGCAAACAUUUAUUACCAUUAACCCUGUGGCCUGAGAUAUAAUGACCAUGACCAAUUAAAAUGUGAUCUGAACUGCAAAACAUUUAGACACCUUUUAAGUAAUUAUUCAAAAUCUUUUUAACAAUAUGCUUUUUUGUUAAAGAAAUGUUGUGAAAUGGAGGAUGAUUCCUUUAUAAUACAGAGACCAAAAAGGGUCCCCUUGCACUGUCCAGUACUGCUUAUAUUGUAAUUAGUUCUUGCUCUCCUCUAUUCGCUUAGGGCAUGGAACUUGCUCAGUAACUAAGCUGAUAUAUUGAGAAGACAUUGCGAUAUUUUGUGUCACUUUGGCCUGGCCUGAGCGACAGGAUUUCAAGCCCAAAAAGUUGAGGGAAACAAUGUAAAGUUUUUUUGGUAUUCAUAAUAAAUUCAUUAAAAUGA